AUGUGUAAUCAUAGUAAGCAAGCACGUCACCUCUACCGCGAGAUAAAACGUGCGGAAAAACAUCGUCUUCGUCAAGAGAAAAACCGGCUCAAGGCCGAAAAGCGUGCUAUACGUCAAGAAUUACGCAACCUCAGACGCAACAGCGACCCAGCAGUGUUUCUUUUUCAUCCAAACCCAAUCUAUACCGGUCAAACUUUCAAUUAUUAUUCACAGAUGCCGGGCAUACAACAAACAGCCCAAUUGAGACAAAUGAAUCCAGUGCAAGUAGAAGAAAUGGUUUCGUCAUUGAGAACAAUGUUUCCGGAUUGUGAUCCUCAAUAUAUCAGGAAUUGCAUUUCACAAGAAACAAGCGAUCAUAUCCAAAAGGUUACCGAUAAGUUGUUGGAAUCACCCUAUCCCAAGAUCAUUGUUAAUUCAUCCGCACCAUCUGCUCCUCAAUUGACGGUAGAUGACUUUGAAUCCGAACUGCCCUCUUAUGAAGAAGCAACGAUACGCCCAGAACUGGCAGAAUCGGUAAAAAACGAACGUCGAGCAUCGUGGGGCGGGUCACCAAACCAAGGCAACCAUGACCACACCAGUGAUAGCUAUAUCCACUCAUUAUCCUCCACCUCAACAUCCUCAGAUAAUACUAUCGCCACGGUUUCUACAUCUUCCACCUCGGUUUCUUCUACAUCCACGUCACAUGAUUCUUCUACCGCAAAACCCGCGAAGCGCUUAUCAGGAAUGACGGUGCAACAAGUUUGCGGUAGCUACUCAUCAACACUUACACGCCCGGUUCCCACUCAUCUCGCACAAUCACCACCACCAAGCUUUACUCAAUCUUUCGCAAUCAUACCCAAAGAUGGCACCACCAUUAAAAAAGGAUUUCCCAUCCAUAGUUACCCAACGCCCACAUUAGAGUCACAUGACAUAUCGCGUCACGAUUGGGAGAACUUCAUUAAAGGAUUAAACACGUUGGUGGGCGUGUCAAAUUCCUCACUUGGUAGUUUGUCAGCAAAUUUCAGAUUGAUGGUGAUAGGUAAUAAUGAUAGGCAGACGGAAGAAUACGCCGGAAUGGUGAAUGAAUAUUUAAAAAGAUGGAACGAAGAGUUCUUUAGACCUCGGAAGAUAGAGAUGGAGCUCGUCAGCAGGAAGGCGGUCAAAAGUGGAGGUGUGAGCAUCUUUAAAAAUAAGUCAGAGUGCGUUCAAUAUUUGCUGGUUAAGAGCGCAUAA